AUGGGUUUAUUUUACUCGAAGCCAAAGCCCCAACCGGCACCUGCAAAGGCUCCCAUGAAAUACUACCGCGGCCUCUUCUUCACCCGCUCAGGUCGAAACAUCCUCGAAGAAGCCAAACCCACCAUCCCCCUCCAAUGGGUGACCGUUUUCUUCGACUGGCCUGACCGCGUCCACAACGACGCAAACCUCAUGCUUUGCGUCAUUGCCAAAAUUCGUGCUGGAAAGGGUCUCAUUGCGCCUGAGCCCAUGCAUCAUGAUCAACGAUGGUGCAUGUCGUUCCGGAUCCCGAGUCACUACAAUGCUGCGGAUACUUCUAUUGCUGCAAUUGCAGUGACCAUUGCGUUUUGGCACAGGGAUCAGAUUCUUAACCAUGGACAUUAUAUUGAUCGGAGAUAUGUGUUCCGUAUGACCAACCAUCCGAGGUGGGGUGUUUAG